AGUGUCAAGUGGUACGCAGCAGUACAUGCAGUAGCUAGUAAUCUCCCAAGAGCAAGAGGGGUCAAUCGAUCGACCUCUUUGCUCUAGUUAGCUGGGCUUUGUUUAGAGCAGGAGAUCAGUAUCAGACCAAGUACCCGCCAAGAUGGCUGCCGUUGGGAGCCCUUUGAUCUUUGCUGUGGGCAUCCUAGGCAACAUCUUGUCGUUCCUGGUUAUCCUGGCGCCGGUGCCGACGUUCUACCGUGUGUACAAGAGGAAGUCGACGGAGUCGUUCCAGUCAGUCCCCUACGCGAUGGCGCUGCUGAGCGCAAUGCUGUGGCUCUACUACGCGCUGCUCACAAAGGACCUCCUCCUCCUCACCAUCAACACCGUGGGGUGCGUCGUCGAGACCGCCUACCUCGCCAUCUACCUCGCCUACGCGCCCAAGCAAGCCAAGGCCUUCACCGCCAAGCUCGUGUGCAUCAUGAACGUGGCGCUCUACGGGGCCAUGGUCUGCGUCCUGCAGCUGCUGGUGAGGGACGGCGAGAGCCGCGUCACCAUCGCCGGCGGCAUCGGGUCCGCCUUCGCUCUCGCCGUCUUCGUCGCCCCUCUCGCCAUCAUCAGGCAAGUGAUCAGGACCAAGAGCGUGGAGUUCCUGCCCUUCUGGCUGUCCUUCUUUCUCACCAUCAGCGCCGUCGUCUGGUUCUUCUACGGCCUACUCAUGAAAGAUUUCUUCGUAGCGACACCCAACGUGCUGGGGUUGCUGUUCGGGCUGGCCCAGAUGGCGCUGCACCUGGUGUACAAGAACCCCAAGAAGAAGGGCGACGUGUCGGAGGUCCAGCUCCCGGACGACGACGAGAAGAACCAGCUGCCACUUCAUCAUCAGCAGCAGCAGCAGGCCGGCACAACGGGACACGUCGUUGCGCCGCCGAUCAUCGACGACGGCGAGCAGGUCGUGAACGGCAGCGAGGACGACGUAGGCGGCAACAAGCAGCAGAGCGUGUCCGUGAUGGACAUCGUGCUGCCACCCCCGGAGGAGCACCCUACACUGCCGCCGCUCGACCACCCUGCACCACUGCCGCCCAUGAGGAUGGCCGUCGAGGUGGUCUGAUCGAUCUACGCACCUGAGUUGCGUUCCGGAGCAGACGACGACUGACCUAACUAUCUGCGGUAUGGUAUGUUUAUCGAACGCGGGCGCGCCACCAUGCAUGUAUGCAUGCGUACGUCUGUCUAUGUCUUGUGUUGGUUAUAUAUAAACUUCAUUCCAAUCCGAUACGUAUGUUGUUCGUUAAUUACUGGAGUAGUAGUAGUUAACUAGUAGUGGUAAUACGGACGUAGGAAUGAAAAGGUGUGGGCUCGUCUGAUCUGAUCAUCUAGCUAUGGAACUGGAGUCGUGUACUCGUGUAGAGCAUCCUCUGCUGUAUGCUGGCCUCUUGCAGCGCUUGGACAUGCAUAGUGUCUAUGAUCAAAUAAAAAGCUCAUAUUUUUCUUUU